CGCAGAGACGUGCCGGUGACGCACGCAGCGACGCGGAGACACACGCACACGCCCACGCACGCACGCACGCACGUGCACGCGCCGUGAGCUCGGGAGUGACUUAGCACCUGAUCGUGAGGGAGGUUCGACGCGUGCGGCAGUGUGCCAGUAGUGGCAUGGUGAGGAGGUGAUGGAGCCGGCAGGGACCCCGACGAGCGCCGACAUGCGCUGGAGUCGCUUGCUGUUGUGCUGCGCCCUCGCGGCCGCCCUCCUGCCCGAAGGCGCAGUGGGCCAGCACCCGCAUCAGUUGAGGUGGCGCGCCCAGGAGCCCUCGGUGCGCCACGCGGCCGGCGGAUACUACCGCGGUAGCGCUGGGUCGCACACCACGCCGAGGCCGGAGCCCGCCGCGGACGGCUACGCCAGGUUCUCCCAGGUGCGCCAGAUGACGGCCCAGCAGCACGGCGAGGCGACGGCCAAUAGCCGCGGCAGGUCCAGCCAGCGGGCGUACAGCAGGAUGCUCUUCAACUGGGACUUCGCGCCCGCCACAGCCGCCGUCCCCACCCUGAGCCGCGACCCUUGGCGCCGGCCCGAGCACGAGCAGCCGCCGCCGCGGCCGGCCAGCGCCGCGCCCGCGCACCCGGAGCGGCCGCGCCCGCCCGCGCACCUCGAGCACGCGACCCGGCCGGCGCAGCCUGCGCACCAAGGCGCUGUGCGACCGCGCCCGGAGCCCGAGGAGCCCGGCCUGCACGGCGCGCACGCCCUGCUGCACGGCCGUCAGCAGCAGUGGCGCACGCAGACCCCGGCGCCCGCCGCCGGCACGAGCCAGCUGCACGCGCUGCACAACCGGCACCACGCGCUCGUCCAGCACCGCCGCCCGGACCCGGACCUGCGCCCGGAGGACAGGAGCACGAACCACGUGGGCGGCGCGGUACCGCGCCCGCACGUGCACGUGCACGUCCCGGACAACGCCAACGAGAUCCACCAGCUGCACGUGGGCGGCGCGGUACCGCGCCCGCAAUUGCACGUCCCGGACCGCUCCAACGAGAUCCACCAGCUGCACCACGGGGAGCCCGACCGGCACCGCGGCAAGCAGAGGCGCCCGCACUUCCCCUACUGGCUCGGCGCCGACAACCAGACCCGCGGCGCGCUGGAGUCGGCCACGGCCUCGGCCCCACAGGGUGGACGGCGCGACGGCAUAGACUUCGUGCACGGCCAGCCUGACGAGGCGCGCGCCGUGGGGCCGGACGGCCGCCCCCGGGGCCGCAAGUGGUGGAACAGGCAGCGCAAGCGGCUGGAGCGGCGGCGCCAACAGGAGGAGCGCCGUCGCCAGGGCCUGCCGCCGCUGCCGCCCCCGCCGCAACGCCGCCCCACCGUCUGGAAGGCCCAGUUCCACGACUACAGCCUGCCGGCGGCCACCACCACCACCACCACCACGCAAGUGCCGCACCGAGAGCCGGCCGCGCCGGGCGAGCAGCGCCCGGGCCUUAACGAGGGUUGGGUGAGGAUCGUCAACCCGCCGCCGGAGAUCGCCUCCCGCUUCAACGUGCCCCUGGGCUCCGCCCGCACGGCCGCGCCGCCCGUAGCGCCGCUGCACCGCUACGACAUGGACAACGAGCUGGACGUGGUGUUCGGGGAGCCCCCCAAGGCCACCAGGCUCUACCAGCACGUGACCACACCCCGCAGCCUGCCGCUGACGCCCACCACGCCGCGCCCGCGUCACGAGAGCGCCACGUCCAUCUACCACCGCAUCCCGGGCAGGCUGUCCAAUACGGAGUAUAGGGUGCACGGUGCGCAGCGCAACCCUUACCGAGGCACCAUCGUGGUGCACGAGGUGAGGCCAACCACAACCACAUCCACAACCACCACAACAACCACCACAACAACCACCCCUGAACCUACCACAACGACUACUACUACAUCCGCCCCUGAGCCAACCACAACCACCACGACCACUACCCAACAACCACACACCACCACCACCACUGAACCUUCGCGGUCGUUGGAGGACAACAACGUCGCCGCUUCUUCGGAAGAGACUGGACCGGGUCGCAGGCCGAUAAUAGACAACAAUGUUGUGGCUGAGGGAAGCGAAGAAGUGGAAGAAGACAGAGUCGAGGAGGAGCUGGAGAGAGCCAGGCAGGAGCUGGAGAGGAGCAGGCUCGAACAGGAGAGGAUGCGACAAGAGGCCAUUGCUGGGGAGGAGGCGGAGAGAAAGGAGCAGGAGAGGAUCAGGAUAGAAGCUGCGUUAAAAGAGGAAGCUGAGAAGAUUGAGCAAGAGAGGAUCAGACUGGAGGCCAUCGCCAAAAAAGAGGCAGAGAGAAGAGAACAAGAGAGGGUAAGGCUGGAGACCAUCGCCAAGGAAGAGGCGGCCAGAUUGGAACAGGAGAGGGUCAGGCUGGAGACCAUUGCCAGGGAAGAGGCGGACAGAAGGGAACAAGAGAGGCUAAGAACGGAGACCAUUGCCAAAGAAGAGGCGGCGAGAUUGGAACAGGAAAGGGUCCGGCUGGAGAUCAUUGCCAAAGAAGAGGCGGACAGAAGGGAACAAGAGAGGAUAAGGAUGGAGACCGUCGCCAAGGAAGAAGCAGAGAGGAUCGAGCAGGAGAGAGAAAGGCUAGAGAAGGCCGCUAGAGAACUGGCAGAGAGAGAGGAGCAGGAGAGGAUAGAACAAGAGAGAAUCAGACAUGAAGAACAUAGGAAGGAAGAGGAAGAGCAGGAGAGACAAGAAGUAGUAACCGAGGACCAAUUGGCAAAGGAGGAGAAUGAGAAUGAGAUGAAGAAUAAGUUAAGAAAAGACGAAGAGGAACGUCAGGCUAGAGAGAAGCUACGGCAGGAAGAGGAAAGGAUACGACUUGAGACCGAAGAGGAGUUAACGAAGAUAGAAGAUACGAGACGUCUUGAUGACACGGAAGAAAAUAGACUUCUCGAAGAAAGGAGACUGGCAGAGCGGAGAGAGCAGGAGCGACUUGAGGAGCUCCGUAGAGAGGAGGAGAGGCUAGAAGAAGAGCGAAGACUUGAAGAACGUCGGGAGGAAGAAAGAAGAGCUGCAGAGCGCCGUGAAGAGGAGAAACGCCUGGAAGAAAAGCGAAGAAAGGAAGAGAUCGAACGUCUCCGACUCGAAGAAGAGCGAAAAGAAGAAGAACGUUUGCUGAAGGAGCGUGAGGAGGAAGAGAAGUUAGAGGCAGAGAGGAGGGUAGAAGAGAGGCGUCUAGAAGAAAAGAGACUUGAAGAGCGACGCCUAGAGAUGAGGCGAGAGUUUGAACGACGCCUGGAAGAGCGCCGGCAGGCAGAGAAGCUGGAGGAAGAGAGGCGCGAAGAGGAGCGCAAAGAACAAGCGAGGAGAGCGGAAGAGAGGCGCUUAACCGAGCGCAGAGAGCAGGAGAGAAGGGAGCAGGAGCGACGAGAAGAAGAGCGCCGCGAGGAAGAACGUCGUGAAGAGGAGCGCCGCCGUGAAGAGCAGCGCCAGGAGGUGCUGCGCCUCGAGGCACGCCUGCAAGAAGAGCGCCUACAGGCCGAGCGUAGAGAGAAGGAGCGCCUCGAAGAGGAGCGUCUUGCUGCCGAGCGCGCUGAGGAGGAUCUCCGCAGAAAGCAGCAACUUGCACUUCAGGAGCAAGAACGGGAACGACUGGAAAAGGAACGAUUGGAGCGGCUGAGGCUGGAAAAACAGAGGGCCGAGAGCGAGCGGGUGGACGAAGAGGAGGAAGAAGAGGACGAAGAGGAGGACGACACGAAAGAAAGUGAACAGGUUGGUAGCGUUGAGGAAAGUGGGGAGGAGCGAGUGGCCGUAGGAAAGGGUAGAGAGCGAGAGAGAGACGAAGAGAACGAGGUAGAAAAAGAAAGUGAGUUAGAGGAAAAAGAAAAUGUUGCCGUGGAAGAGCAAAGCAGGGAGGAAGAGGAAGAAAAAGAAGAUGAAGAGACUGAAGAUCAAAUAGGAGAGGAACGCCAAGAAGUAGACAAUGCAACUACGGAAAAGACUAAAGUUGAGGCGGAUUCGGUAGAGAACCAGGAUCACAAGUUGAAGAGCGCUGAAGAAACGGGUGCUACUGGCGAGGGUGGAUCAACAGAGGACACCCAGGGGGGAAAUGACAGUUCGGAGGAGGAGGAUGAGGAGGAAGAUCAAGUCAAAGUUAAAGAGGAAGAGAAAAGAAAGGAAGAAAUUGAUCCCCCAGUACAACAUGUUGAAACUUUAAACGAGGGAAAUGGGGAAGAAGUAUCCGUUGAAAAUGAGGCUGAUAGUGAAGGUGGCGAACAAGCCAAGGCGCACGAAACAGUAAAAAGCCAAGAAACUAAUGAAGACAAGUCAGACGAGGAGAGUUUCAGAAGUGAAGAUGAAGACGAGCGAACAGGAGAACGGGAAACGCAGGUAGAGCAUGAGGAAGGCGAUGAUGAUGAUGAGAGCGAUGAGAAAGAGAACGAGGAAGAGCACAGUACUCCUCCAAUCCCUUCCACCUCUUCACCCUCUUCGACCACGGAGCACGCGGAAAGUGAGAAGGGUGGCGCAUCGUCAGAAGAAUCUUCCAGGGAAAACGAGGUUCAAGAGGGCAAAGACGAUCAGGAAGGAGUCGGUGGUCGGGAUUCGGACGAAGACCUCAGCUGCAACGACGAGGCGCCAGAUUUGGAGCACGCCCAGAUCAGAUAUGUCCGCGCUGGCGAGACUGCGGAGGCCCACUACGAGUGCUACCCGGGCUACGCGCUGAGGGGCGAGGCGCGCCUGGUGUGCUCCGGGGGACGCUGGGUGGGCAACGUUCCCAGCUGCCAGCCCGUGGACCCGUGCCUCGAGGACCGCGGCGGCUGCGACCAGGUUUGCACCAACGUGGACGGCGAGCCCGAGUGCUCCUGCAGGGAAGGAUUCCGCAUGGACGGCGAUUUCUGUAUUGACGUGAACGAGUGCGAGAGCAACGGCGGCAAAGGGCCGUGCCAGGACGUCUGCGAGAACCUGGAGGGCAGCUACCGCUGCAGCUGCAGCGGCGUGGAGGGCAGCCGGCUGGCCUCGGACAACCGCACCUGCGAGGACGUGGACGAGUGCGCCGUCAACAACCACGGCUGCUCGCACACCUGCCUCAACACACAGGGCUCGGCCUUCUGCCUGUGCCCCGACGGGAUGGUGCUGCACUCCGACUGGAAGACCUGUGUCGCAGAGGAGAAGCAGACCAGCAAGGCGAAAGAGAGUAGCGAGCGCGAAGAGGAGGGUGAGCAGGAGGGUGACGAGGAUGAGCGAGAGGAAGGAGGGGAGGAGGAGGAGGAAGAGGAGGAAGAAGGGAACAGCGAUGCCGAAGGGGACGAGGCGGAGAGUGAUGGUGAAGGAGGUGGGGGUGAUGACUACGUGGACGACCAACCGAUCAGCGCGGUCGGGCGGCUGCCUAGACCAGAUGUAACCGUUCCUUGGAUAAAGUGUCCCCCGGACGUUAUCACGGAACUUUUGCCGGGGAGCACAACUUCCAAAGUGACAAUUGGUAAACCAAGACUGAGCCAUGGCAUAAGCUGGAAAAAUGACGUCGCCGCGCAUCCCUCGUGGGGGAAGUCCCGGCGCACGGAUCUGCCGGCCGGCAGUCACGCCGUGACGUUCAGCGUCAAGGACCCCGCCACUCGUAAGAAGGCGGCCUGCGUCGUCAUGGUCCACGUCCAACGCGCCGAGCCGCCGGUGAUAGCGGACUGCCCGCCGGUCGUCCGCGCCAGGGUGAAGGGAAGGAAGCGGUCAGCAGCCGUGACCUGGCCGGAGCCAACGGUCGAGGACAACGUGGGCGUCGCCAGGAUGCACCGAUCAAGAGAGCCGGGUUCGCGGUUCCCCAUCGGCAAGACGUUGGUGACUUACGAGGCGACCGACGCGGUGGGUCAGUCGUCGACGUGCAGCUUCCUGGUGGACGUCCGCAGCAAAGCGUAGUGAUAGGAUAUAUUUAAGUGAUUAUUUUUUACGUUAUUAUUCGUAUUAAUGUUACCAGAACGUAUAACUAUAAGAAGCACACAAUGGUGCGUUAUUUUAAAUUUUUUACGGUUCUUUAGAGUUUGAGAUUUUUUCUAUGAAAACGUGUAGAAUCGGGGAAAAUGUUAAUGUCCAUCAGGAGACAGAUGUAGUAUGUGUCAGAGGGUGUGUGCAUGGUGUGUGGUGUGUCGCCGCGCGUGGUGUGUCCCGCCCACCCAGAGGCGGCGCACUCUCAGGCGGGAACUAAAUGAUGGCAAACGGCCUGGAAGCUGAUCUGAACACGAAAGAAGUGACAUGAAAAAAAUUAGUGCCCAGUCCCAGUCAAGGGACAUAAUUUUUCAGCGGGCCCUGUGUGUUCGCUGUCUGCUCCGUUUUCCUGCGGUGCACCUGCAAAGGAGAAAGGGCGCAAAGAGGCGUGUGUGAUUGGUUCAGGUUGUAAUGCAAAACGAUGCUGUUUUGGUGCUGUGUAAAAGUUUUUAUUUUGUCAUAUUCAGAAAGUUUUAGCGUCUGAAUAUAUUUAACCUACCAGGAGUUUUAGAGACAAAUAUGUUAGAUAAAUGAACGGCAGUCUACGGCUUGGUCGAAAUGAAUCGAACGUUUCGUUGCAUGCUUUUGGUUUGCUGAGUAAGUUUCUCUUGCAUUGAAGUGAAUAUAUUUUGAGUUGCUUUGUACACAUCCAGUUUUAGGGAACGGCAGACGCACGUUGCACGUGUUAUAAAACGGGUAUAGAAAAUACUGACGAGAACAAAGUAACAGGCGUGGGCAUAAGUACAGUUUAUUAUUUAUUUAUUUUGUACACAUCGAGCUCGAGCUUGAAAUAGACCUGAAGCGGAAUAUGCCGUGACUUCAAGGUUGAAGUCCCCUCGACUUACAUAUACUUGAAACAGUAGUAAUUAUAUAUAAGAACGAAACUACUGUCUCAGGCUGCAACACCACUAGACCUGCGCUUUAAUUUCAAUUUUCACGUUACGUACUUCAAAGCUUUUCCUACUUUCAUAAUAGAUGUAUAGUGCUGUAGUAUGCCUUCGAUGCAUGACUCGUGCAUACGGGUAUAAACCCCUGGGUAGUAUCGGUGCCGUUAACUCGUGCCAAAUUCAAGACGAUCCAAGAACACCCUUUUCUCCGACAAUAAUGAUGGGAGUCUUUUAAAUGCCAUACACCCGCGUUUUAUGCCAGACACCCGAGCCCCGAGACAACUCACGCUCAAAACAUCAGUGGAACCUAAAUGUUACUUGCCCUAUAACCGACAAUGGCCGCACAAAGUAACAUUUUUUUUCAUAUGGCAGUUAGGGGUACAUGUUGCCUGAAUACUGUGGUUCCUUUGUUUGAUGUGAACACCCGAAUGAGUACCAGCGUGUAACUGGAUUAACUAUCCCGGCAAAAGUAAAUAGUUUUUAAAGAUUUUCAUUCAUUUAAAUCUUGAUUUGAAACUUACUUAAUUUUAAGAGAAGAUAAUCAAUCAAGAGACUGUACUUGAUCAGCAUAACCAACCUUUGAAUAUCAUUGACUUUCUCAAUCAACAUGUUCGCAACUGACUAGAUAUUAGAUAUUAAUACAAUCACCAUAGGAAUAAGCCCUCGCCUGAAUCAAGCCUGAAUCCUAUGUAAAUAAACAUUUAAAAGAA